AGGCUAAAGUCACCAUGUAACCUUGUUCCUUUCCUCUGGGCCCUGAUCAAGCCUAGAAAAGAUAUCUACAGAAGACCAGCACCAGACAGUGAGUCUAUACACAGAGAUGCAGAGAGACUAGUGGGGGUAACAGCUAAACUUAAGCUUAUGGACCUCAUCAGCACAAGUGACCAGGAGUAGCUUUCCGAGUGCCUGACACAACUGGAUGAUUAAGGCCCAAUUGUCCUUAUCCACUACACAAACCUUCCAGGUCAUAGUGGAAAAAAACUAUUUAUAAGAGUAUCCUGCCAAAGAAUGAAGCAGAAGGGUUUGCCUGCCACAAGGGAGAUCGCCCUUAAAGGAUAACUCAUAGUAACUACAUAUAUACAUAGUAACUACAUCUUUAGUGCCAGAGUGCUGUAAAGAGUGAAUUUUGGGUUUACCGCCUGGAUCCUUGCCUGUAAAGUAUCAACAUUAGAAGAACCCCUCCAUUGACAACUGCCAUUACCUGACAAUAGGAUUACCAUUGACCUUUUUAUGCUUACAAAAAGCUUCCCAUUGAUGAACUGUACCAACUGUCCAGAGACUAUUGAUUGUCAGUAAAUAUUUAACUGGUUUACAACUACCGACUCCUGAUUCUUACUACCACUACUCUCAACAUUUGCACCUAACAGUGCUGGCGUCAUGAACACCAGGCCCCAGCCACCACAAGCACCCUAAACAUCACCACCAUCAAGGGCACCACAACCUCCAUCUGGGUGGUGUUCCCUGCAGCGAGACUGCCCCGGAGGGUUUUGUGUUGUCUUCCCAUCCACUGCAUUUCCGUCCCCAAGGGACAGCAAAACCGUUCAAGUUCCAGAUCGGACCGCGAUCUAGUGAAAGGAUGGUAUUUCCCGUUGCAAAGUAGCGUUGCCUAGUCUCUCAAGUUUGAUGAUCCGGUCGCUUGAAGGCUCCAUCCUGAAGUGCAGCUUUUGCUUCUUGUAACGACUGGGAAAUCCACUCCGUCAAGCGAAGACUCAACUGGAGGGAGCAGCAUGUUGUCAUCGUGGUCUGUCGGUGGAGCGGGAUCUGCCAUCUUGGAGGACAGUGAGAUGAGCGUGGAGAAGCAGAGAGACGUCAGCCUGUGGUCGCAGACCUUUGCUCUUCUUUGGAAGAAUCUUCUGCUGAAAUGGAGGAGGAAGUGGCAUACAGUUCUGGAAUGGCUCCAGCACUUGGCGUUUGUGCUGCUCUUGUUUUUCUUCACUUACAGCCUGGAGGAUGCAAGGAUGCCAUAUCUGUCGCCGGCCGCCGAACUCGGGCGAUUGGAUAAGUUUAACAUCACAGAUGUUGUCGGAUACAGCCUAAAGUCAUCCGCUGCCCACAAGAUCAUGCAGAAAGUUCACAAGAGCGGCAGAAUGCCAGGAAUCACCAUUGAGGGAAUCUCCAACGAAACGGAAAUGCUGCACCUUGUAACUGAGAGAGAAAUGGUGGCGGUGACGUUUGAGAGUGAAUUCACGUAUUACAUCCAGUACCCAUCGUAUGACGUGCCCCGGGCAAAUGACUACAUAGAAUACAGACGUACAUGCUAUGACGCAGAUAGUUGCCCCCCAACCUUAUACAUGAGAAGCGGAUUCCUGACGCUGCAGGCCGCCAUCGACGCUGCAAUCAUCGAGGUGGCCACUAAUCACUCAGUCUGGGCCAGUAUGGCCUCCACAGAGGCUGUGAAGAUGGCCUCUACCAAUGUCCCCUACAGAAGCAUUCUACAACUAGGGUUCUUCAUCCUGGUCAUGUGCAUGUGUUACACCUCGCUCUCCUACCUGCUGACAAUCUACAUCGCCAAGGAGAGGAAGGAGCAGAGAGAGAUCAUGAGGAUGAUGGGGCUCAGAGACCUGGCCUUCUGGUUGUCAUGGGGGCUGCUCUACGCUCUUUAUGUCCUGAUUAUUGCCAAUCUGAUGGCUCUUGUCACAACCACCUUUGUAUUUGUGGAAAGUUCCUAUGGGGUCAUCCUGCUGCUCUUCUUCCUCUAUGGGAUAUCAAUGAUUUGCUUCACGUUCAUGCUGUGCGCUCUGCUCCGGAAGCCUCGGCUCGUCGCCAUCUCUGGAUUCUUUAUCACACUUUUCCUUUCCAGCCUGAGCACGCUGCCGCUGGUGAACGUCCUGCCCGUCUUCCUAGAGGUCGUCCUGUGUGUUUUUGCACCAUUUGCCUUCUCUGUUGGAAUCACACAGAGCAUACACAUGGAGAAUGAAUUUGAGGGCGCCUUCUUCUCGGACAUCACCGGAGACUCCUCGCACCUGCUGACCAGCUACAUCACCCUGCUGCUGGACUGCGUCCUGUACAUCCUCCUCACAUUGUACUUUGAUAAGAUUCUGGCAGAUAAGCACGGCAUGAGGCACGAGGCGCUCUUCUUCCUGCGAUCCACUUACUGGUCAAGAGGGAAAAAGACCCCAGUUCCAUUGGACCCUGAAGUCAGAGGAACGGCGGGCUUCGGAGAUUACAUAGAGAAGGUCCCAGUUGAGUUACAAGGAAGAGAGGCCAUCAGGAUUAAUAAAGUUAAGAAAAUCUACAGUGGCAAAGACAAAAAGACUGAAGCUUUAAGAGGUCUGGAUUUGGAUAUUUACGAGGGACAAAUCACAGCACUCCUGGGUCACAGCGGCGCCGGGAAGACAACAUUACUGAAUAUCCUGAGUGGGAUGAGCACAUCGACCAGCGGCUCGGCCUCCAUCUGCAACCAUCCGCUCUCUGACAUUCAGCACCUGGAGGAGAUACAGAAGAGAAUCGGCUUCUGCCCGCAGUUUGACAUCAAGUUCGACCAGCUGACCGUCAGGGAAAAUCUGAAGCUGUUCUGCAGGAUAAAGGGGAUCGCUGCCCGAGACGUGGCCUCCGAGGUGGAGAAGAUUGUCUCAGACCUGGACAUGAGCCACUUCCAGAAUGUGCUAGCCAAUAAACUCAGCGGCGGGCAGAGACGGAAGCUGACCUUAGCCAUCGCCCUAUUGGGAGAUCCAGAGGUUCUUCUACUAGAUGAACCCACGGCUGGCCUCGACCCGUUCUCCAGGCACCGUGUGUGGGCCAUACUGAAUGAGCGAAAAUCUGACCGCGUCAUUCUCUUCAGUACUCAGUUCAUGGACGAGGCGGACAUCCUCGCUGAUCGCAAGGCGGUCCUGAGCAACGGGCGGCUGAAAUGUGUUGGAUCCUCCUUGUUUCUGAAAAGAAAUUGGGGCAUCGGCUACCACCUGAGGAUGCAGGUGUCUCCAUCUUGUAAUCCAGACGCCAUCACUUCUGUUAUCCAACAACACGUCUCCAGCGCCAAACUCGCCACCCAGAACGUGGAGGACCUGACAUUCACCCUGCCCUUUGACAAGAUGGACUCAUUCCCAGCUCUGUUUUCUCACUUGGACCAACAUGUGGGACUGGACGUCAUGAGUUACGGGGUGUCGAUCACAACGCUGGACGACGUCUUCCUGAAGCUGGAGGGAGAGGAGGAGAUUGAGAAAGGAGAUUACGGUGUUUUUGCCCAAUCCGACCAAAAUGAAGAUGAGGAGAGAGACCUGGAGGUGGAGGACUCCGUCCUGCUGAUGUCAGAUUCUGGCAGCGCCACCCUUCACGGACUGGCCCUGUGGAGGCAGCAGGUGGUGACGGUGGCGCGGAUCCGCUUCCUGAAGUUAAAGCACGACAUGAAGAACUUCCGAUCCAUAUUGCUUCUACUGGUCCUGUUCAUAUUACCCCUGAUCACCACCACCAUCCUGGUUUACUCCAUGCAUACGAUUCACAACUGGAAACUCGCCCCCAACCUUUACUUCCGGGGAGUGGGUCACCGGGCGCACAAGUAUUACACCCGACUGCUGCUCAGUAACAACACAGGUUCCCCCAUCGAAGACUUUGUCAACGGCAUAAAGGCGCAGGACGUUUCGGUGGAGGUCGUCGAUGGUCCAUACAAUAUGAACAUUACAGGAUUCAACGGCGCGAUCGAGGUGUCGCUGCAGAACGAGAGUUACCGCUUCAGGAUCAUUGGAAAUCCGCGAGCGCAGAACGGACUGCCGGUGCUGGUGAAUAUUCUCAGUAACGCCUUCCUGAAGAGCUUCAGAUCCACAGAGAAGAUCGAAAUCUGGACUAAGCCCAUCCAAACUAAUCAGAAUUACGACAACUAUUACAUUGUUUUAGCUGUUGGCAUGCUGUUCAUGUAUUUCGCAUCUGGUCUCGCCCCCCAUUUUGCGAUGAGCAGUGUCCAGGACUAUAAGAUCAAGGCUCGUUCUCAGCUGCGGAUCUCCGGCCUCUUCCCAUCGGCGUACUGGUGCGGACAGGCCUUGGUGGACAUCGCCCUCUACUGGAUGCUGCUCUUCCUGAUGAUAGCCAUACUGUUUGCAUUCAACUACAAAAUAAUUCUUGAUUUCUGGGAAGUUGCACUGCUGAUACUGGAAAUCCUUGUGUACGGCGCGUCCAUGGUUCUUUACGUCUAUUUAAUCUCCUUCAUUUUCAAAAAAGGAAAGGUUCAUGCUGAUCGCUGGUCCUUCCUCUUCGUUGUGUUAGCGAUGGUAUUGGGUCCCUUGCCCCUUUAUUCUUCAAUUCUUCUGGGUUUUAGCCAUUUGUCCAUCGCCGCUCUGUUCUUGGUGCCUCCCGUUAACUUAGGAGCGUUUCUAUCGCAUCUGACUUUCUGGAUCUUCAUCGGUGCUGAAGAACGUCCGACUGAAUUGUUUCUGUAUCUUAUAGUGCCAUGCUGUCAGAUCAUCACAUUCUGGGGCAUCCUCUGGUUUUUGGAAUGGAGAUUUGGAACACGAUGCCUGAAAACAGAUCCCAUAUUCAGGUUUUCUCAAAGAAAACAUGAAUGUAAACAAAAUCCAGAAGAGCUGGAGGACGCUGACGAGGAAGUGCUCGCCGAGAGGGAAAGGGUUAAAACCUGGAAAGACACAACAAAUAUGGAGGAAAAGCCGACCAUCAUCGUGGACAGUCUGCGCAAGGAGUUCAAGGAGAAAGCGGGAAGUUUUCCCUGCAAGAAAAGAACGAAGAAAGCCGCCGCCAGACACGUCUCCUUCUGCGUGAAAAAGGGUGAGGUUCUGGGAUUGCUGGGGCCCAAUGGAGCGGGGAAAACCACGUCUGUACUGAUGUUGGCCGGGGAACUGAAACCUACAGCCGGGGAGGUGAUUCUGUGUAGUGCAGGUGAGGACAGCACUGCCUUCAUGGGGUUCUGCCCUCAGUUUAGCCCCCUGUGGCCCACUCUCACCGUGAAGGAGCAUCUGGAGAUCUACGCCGCAGUGAAGGGCAUGAAGAAAGACGACGCGGACCAAGCCAUAAAGCGGGUGUCGGAGGCGCUGGAACUGAAGCUGCAUCUAAAUAAACCUGCCAAGAAACUGUCUGCCGGGGUCUCCAGAAAAGUUUGCUUCGCCAUCAGCAUGCUGGGUAACCCGACCAUCGCCCUCCUGGAUGAACCGUCCACCGGUCUGGAUCCAAAAGGGCAGCAGAGACUGUGGAGAGCCAUCCGAGCAGCUUUCCGGAACAAGGAGCGAGGAGCCAUCCUGACCACACACUACAUGGAGGAGGCAGAAGCCGUGUGUGACCGCGUCGCCAUUAUGGUGUCCGGGAAGCUCAGGUGCAUUGGGUCCAUCCAGCAGCUGAAGAGUAAGUUUGGUAAAGGUUACCUCCUGGAGAUCAAGGUGAAGGAUUCCCAGCGGGCGGAUGAGAUUCACCAGGAGGUCGUCCGGAUGUUCCCACAGGCAGACAGGCAGGACAGGUUCUCCUCGCUGCUGGUCUACAAGAUCCCUAUGGAGAACGUGCACUCCUUAUCUCAGGCUUUCUCUCAGCUGGAGGAAGCGAAGAGAGCCCAUGACAUUGAGGAGUACAGCUUCUCCCAGUCCACCCUGGAGCAGGUUUUCCUUGAGUUGGCCAAAGAGCAGGAGAAAGAGGACUGUGACCAGGACGCCAUGUUCAAAUGGAGGCCCCUGAAGACGGAGAGCGCCUGACAAGCAGUCACGGGCAUGCUGAGACUAGUAGUGUCUCCCCAACCAAAGUGACCGGAUGGUUCUGCGUGGCCUUAUACACAACGAGGGGCGAGUAAAGGGUUAAUGAGCUCCCGGUUUCCUAUACUACUAUAUAAUGGACAAUGUGUAUCGGAACGUUUAUUGCAAUAUCACCGACUGUUACAUUGUAUCGUCUUAUUAUCUCUCCCAAUUAUAACUAUGUCCUCAGUCACACCAGCGCACAGAAACUGUCCAGUCGUCAGAACUACUUCUGUGUUAAUAUUUCUAAUUGUUCCAUCUCAUGAUACGGAAAUCUUGCAGCAGUCAUUUUAUUAUCAUAAGGUCGGGGGCAGCAAUCACUUUAUCAUGAUAAAGGGGCUGGUCAGCAUUAAUCUCAUAAUCAAGAAAACUGGAAGGGAAUAAUACAGGAUCCACCACUGACAAUAGGGGAUUACAGGUCAUAGAGCAUGCUCACUACACUCCCCCAAAACAGUCAACAAGUGAGGCUGAGAGCUGACCUCCUCCCCCUCCCUGCACACUGACCUCUGUACAGGUCACAGAGCAUGCCCACAACACUCUACCAUAGAAGUCAGUAGGUGAGGGUGAGAGCUGACCUCCUCCCCCUCCCUGCACAGUGACCU